AUGAAAAAUGUUUGCUAUUUUAUAUUCUUUUGUAGUUUCCUUCUUUGGGUAAAUAGUAUGAAUCCACUAAGAAAAGGUAAUGAGAAUUUUUCAGAAAAAAAUUCAUCAGAUGAAUAUGAAUAUGUCGAUUCUGCUUACCCAGGAUUUAAUAUACAUUACAAUUUAGAACCCAAAGAUUGGAAACAUAUAGAAUUAAUAGAAAAAAACAAUAAACAAUUUAUGAUGGAUAUUAAAGAAGAAAUAAAAAGAAUGGAAGAAGAUAAAAAGAAAAUAAAUUAUAUCUUAAAUGUUCAAAAACAACAAUUCCAAGAAUUAUUAUUUUUAAUAGACCAUAAAAAACAUAACCAUCAUAAUACUAACAUAGAUGAAAUGCCUAACUUUUUAAAAAAAGGUACAUUUCAUGAUGAGUAUAAUAAUAAUAAGUUAAAUGAAAAUCAAAUAUUACAAGAAUUUAAAGAUAUAGAUAAUUAUACAUUAGAUAAUUACAAAUAUAUCGGACAACAAAAUUUCUAUUAUCACUUAGCACAACAAUGGAUACCAUAA